AUGUGGCCUAGUGAGACAAGGUCGCAAAUCCAACCAAAUGAAAGAUUUCACAGUGUGAAAGUCUAUUUCCUGAACGAAGAUGAGCAAUGGGAACAUCUAGGCUCAGGACAAAUUUCAACCAAAUAUAUCGGACGCCUGCAGGGCGUUUGCCUGCUUGUUCACUCGGAAUCAGAUGGCUCACUGAUACUGGAGUGUGCAAUAUAUGCUGAUGUGCCCUACAGGAAGCCAAAAAUGGAUUUAAUUAUUUGGACUGAACCUAGUAACCGUACCAUGGCAAUAAGUUUCCGGAACCCGGAUGGUUGUCAAGAUAUCUGGGAAGAUAUCUGCCAAGUUCAAGGUAAAGAUCCAAGUGUACAAAUGACACAAGAAUUUACAGAUGAUUUAGAUGUUUUUCAAGAACUGCCCCAGAUCCAGAAUCUGUGUGAGAUGCGAACCUGUGAAAACAGCACACUUGAACACAUUGCACAUUUAUUUAAUUUUGUUCAGGAAUCACCAAGCUUCAAGGAAAGACUGGCUUUUCUUUUGGAAAAUGAAGAUUACAUUAAAAAAUUGCUACAUAUCUUCCACAUCUGUGAAGACCAGCAGAACAUGGAAGGCUUAUAUUUUUUAUAUUUCAUUAUUAGAGGAAUCUUAUUUCUCAACAAUAUGCGUUUGUAUGAGAUAAUGUUUUCUGAUGAGUGCAUCAUGGAUGUCUUAGGAUGCCUUGAGUAUGACCCUAUUUUGGAUCAGCCAUAUCGGCACAGGGAAUUCAUAUGUGUAAAUGCGAAAUUCAAGGAAGUUAUGCCAAUAGCAUGCUCCAAACUCAGGCAAAAAAUAGACCAGACUUACAAAAUGCAAUAUAUUCAUGACAUUCUAUUUCCAAUACUAUCCAAAUUUCAAGAUAAUCAUCUUUCUGAAUUUACAACUUUCAUUUUUUACAACAAAAUUGAAAUAGUUACCAUGCUGCAGGAAGAUGAAAUGAUUUUCAAUGAAAUAUUUGCUCAGUUAAAAGAUAACACUCUAUGUCAUGAAAGACAGCUUGAGCUGCUAUUUUUUUUCAAGGAAUUCUGUGAAUAUGCUAAGAUAUUAAACUCUCAAAAGAAAGAUGAAUUUUUGCAAACAAUGAUAAAGCUUGGACUUAUGAGUGCUCUAAAAGUUUCACUACAUAGGCAAGACUACCAAACAAAAGAAGCUGCUGUAGAUAUAUUUACUUAUCUAAUAGAAUAUAAUCCACAAAUAGUCCGAGUGUAUGCAAUGGAAGAAGCACAGUCCAGUGAAAAUGACUAUGACCUCAUCAACAUAAUCAUUAAACAAAUAUUAUGUGAUCCUGAUCCUGAAUCUUCAUAUGUUUUAAGCUUGACUGCACUUCUCCGUGUACUUCUUGAUCCAGAAAGAAUGCAAAUAACAGUAAAUGCAUGUGAAAAGGAAGGUUUUAUGAAUUUCUUCUAUACACAUUGCGUGAAUAACUUGGCUGAACCAAUUUUGGCUAUUCCAGAACAAAGUGAUAGUGAUGAUAACACGGCCAACAUCUGUCCUGAUAAUUACCAAAAUGCACAAUUGCUUGCAGUAGUGUUAGAAUUACUCAGCUUUUGUGUAAAACACCACAUGACUUACAUGAGAAAUUAUAUUUUGAGCAACAACUUGCUCAGCAGAAUCCUUGUGCUGACAAGCUCAAAGCACACUUUUCUGGUUUUGUGUGCUAUCAGGUUUAUGAGACAGAUGGUUGGUGUUAAUGAUAAACUUUAUAACCAUUACAUAAUAACGAAAAAUCUUUUUGAACCUGUUGUAAAAGCUUUUAUACAUAAUGGGAAACGAAAUAAUAUGCUAAACUCAGCUAUCAUUGAGCUAUUUGAAUUUAUAAGAGAGGAAAACAUCAAGUCUCUUGUUGCAAACAUUGUAAAAAAUUUUUUUACGGCUUUUGAAUCAAUUGAGUAUGUCCAAACAUUUAAAGGGUUAAAAGAUAAAUUUGAAAAAGAGAAUGAAAGACAAAGUGAAAUAUUAAGGAAUUUACAUAAAUUAUUAUGCCAGAACAGACACUGCAGACAUAUGAAAGCUAUGGAGGUACAAGGGAAGGAAGAAAUGUGUUCCAGAGAAAUUACUGAAACUAUUCUACCAAUGGGAAGAGAUUUUCCAAAAUGUUUUGACGUGUUUUUAAGAAUUAAAGAUACGAAUCAAAAUGAAGUAGAGCAACCAGAAAGAAAAGCAUCUGAAGCAUUUGACUGUUAUUCAUCUCAUUUUGAUGCUUCUGCUAAUAGGAAGAGUGACCCACACUGUGGCAGAAAGGUUCCUUUAGUGGACUACCCAGAUGAUGAUGAUGAUGAUGAUGAUGAUGACAAUGAAGACCAUCAUGACGCUGAUGAAGAGGAAGAACCUCCUCACAAAAUACCUAAGCUUGGUUUAUAA